UCGCGCGGAUGAUCAGCUGUUAUUAUCUCACGCAACUCGCGGGCGGAAGCAGCGCGUGCGCUGGUGUCUAUCCGGGACUCGGAGCUGGACUCAGGCUGUCUGCAGAGAGGACCGUGGUGGGAUUAGAACGCAGAGCGGCCCGGGAUGGGCUCAGAGUGGCGUUAAUACGCGCCCCUGCCCGCAGAGCCCGGCCCGCCCCCCGGGGGGAUGUUAGCGGCGGGUCCGAUGGACGGGUCCCGUCAGAGCGCCUUCCUCCUCAGCACGCCCCCCCUGGCUGCUCUGCACAGCAUGACCGAGAUGAAGACCCCGCUGUACCCGGCCUACCCGCUCUCCUCCGGUGGCCCCGCCUCCUCUACCUCACCGGCUACCACCUCCCCGAACCCGGGCGGCAUGGCCGCAGCCUCCCCGGGCAUCAAGAGCUCCACCGGCCCGUCCUCCGGGCUCGGCUCCCCGCAGCAGUGCUCCUCCGCCACACCGCACGGAAUUAACGACAUCCUGAACCGGCCCUGCGCCACCUCCGCUGGGGCCUCCGCCUCCUCCUCCGCAGGGAUCCUGACGGGUCUGCCCAGGUUCAGCAGCCUCAGCCCGCCGCCUCCCCCCGGGCUCUACUUUAGCCCCUCCGCGGCCGCCGUGGCCGUGGCCCGGUACCCGAAGCCCCUGGCGGACCUGCCAGGCAGGACGCCCAUCUUCUGGCCGGGGGUGAUGCAGAGCCCCCACUGGAGGGACGCUAGGUUCGCGUGCUCGCCCCAUCAGAGCUCUGUCUUAUUGGAUAAAGACGGCAAACGGAAGCACACGCGGCCCACGUUCUCCGGGCAGCAGAUCUUCGCCCUGGAAAAAACUUUCGAACAAACGAAAUAUCUGGCGGGCCCCGAGAGAGCCCGGCUGGCCUACUCCUUGGGCAUGACCGAGAGCCAGGUCAAGGUGUGGUUCCAGAACCGUAGGACGAAGUGGCGGAAGAAGCACGCGGCAGAGAUGGCCUCCGCCAAGAAGAAGCAGGACUCUGAGACGGAGCGGCUCAAGGGCACUUCGGAUAACGAAGACGAGGACGACGAGUACAACAAGCCGCUGGACCCGAACUCCGACGACGAGAAAAUCACACAGUUGCUCAAGAAACACAAGCCCGCGAGCUCCGCGCUACUGCUGCACGCGCCCGACACGGACAGCUCCUAACCGGACCGGAAGUCCGAACUCAGCUGAAGUCACGUGAGCUCACCUGAAUGACAGACUGGUUUUUACCUGCGGGCCGGAGCGGACUGUAAAUAUGAGUGAGUGAACAGAAAUGUGAAUAUUUAAAUUUAAUGUUUUUCUACUUUUCAUUUGGGUUUAACCCCCACCCCUUUCCCACCACCAACACCACCCCGCUGCGGGUCCCUGAAGGCCUCUCAGGAGGAGACCACGAACGCAGCACGUGUACAGACACAAACGGCGCAAACAUUUACAUUUUUUUAUUAUUGUUUUUUUUUCUGCUCGCACACAUUUUAUUUAUAUGUUCUGGGUUGUGAGUUGCGCCUGCGCAGUUGUGUACCCCGCAGGCUCAUGUAAUGCACUUUUAUUGAAUAAAAAAAGAACUGCAGGUGUUUGCUUUGUGUCGCUGAUGCUCGGCUUCAUCUGAGGCGGAUUCUGGAUUUCCUUUUUGAUCCCAGCUGAAAUCACGCAGAAAACAUGGACGAUUUUGUAGUUUUGGGGGGCUUUUUCUCUGCUUUGGCUGUCGGUGUUUGUGCGCAGUCACACCCGGCUGCGCGCUGCUGUGUCCCGGCUUCAGUCCCGACCAGUCCGCGCUCCCCGGUAACACUACCCUCAGCGGUAACACCACCCUCGCCACCGCUGAAUUAAAUCCGAGUUCUGUUUCCUGAUCAGCGCUCAGCUGGUUAAUUUUAAUUUUGUGAUUCUAACGCAGGGUCAAGUUUUUUGUUUUUCUGAAAAUAUUUCAUACAUUUAGGACAAUAAUUAAAGAGCGGAUAUGAACGUU